ACAAAGUCACAACUUAUAUUCACGAUUGUCAUCAUGUCAACGAGGGCAGCGGUGGCUGCUGCAAAUGUUGGUCGCACAUCGUCAUCGUUUAGUACUGGUGAUGUCACUAAAAACCCUCUUACUAGGUCUGCAGGAGCUGAUGUGAAUAAGGUUGAUAAUAAGGGUUGGACUCCAUUACAUCAUGCUGCUAGAAAAGGCGAUAUUGAUAUCGCAAAACAAUUAAUCUGCCUUGGAGCUGAUGUUAAUGAAACAAGAAGAAAAGAUGGUAGCACUGCAUUGCACUAUGCUGCUAAGAAUGGUCAUCUGGAAGUCACCAAGAUUCUGGUCAGUGAAGAAGCGAAUGUACAGUGGCUACAGAAGGGAGAUGAUAAUGGUUUGACUGCAUUGCAAUAUGCUUCUAAGAAUGGUCAUCUAGAAGUCACCAAGUUUCUGGUCAUUAAAGGAGCUGAUGUACAUAAGGGGAACAGUAACGGUUUGACUGCAUUACACCAUGCUUCUAAGAAUGGUCAUCUGGAAGUCACCAAGUUUCUGGUCAGUGAAGAUGCCAAUGUACAUAAGGGGGAUGACAACGGUUUAUCUGCAUUGCACUAUGCUGCUAAGAAUGGUCAUCUUAAUGUCACUAAGUUUCUGGUCUGCAAAGGAGCCGAUCUAGAUAUGGGGGAUGAUAAUGGUUUGACUACAUUGCACUACGCUGCUAAGAAUGGUAAUUUUAGAGUCACAAAGUUUCUGAUCAGUAAAGGAGCCGAUGUUCAUAAGGGAGAUAACAACGGUUUAUCUGCAUUGCAGUAUGCUGCUUGGAGUGACAAUGUUAAUGUCACCAAACAUCUUGUCAGUAAAGGAGCCGAAGUGAAUAAGGGAGAUAUUGAUGGUCGGACUGCAUUGCACAUUGCUGCUAAGAAUGGUCAUAUUAAUGUCACCAAGUUCCUGAUCAGUAAAGGAGCUGAUGUACAUAAGGGGGAUAACAACGGUGUGACUUCAUUGCACUCUGCUGCUAAGAAUGGUCAUCUUAAUGUCACUAAGUUUCUGGUCUGCAAAGGAGCCAAUCUAGAUAUGGGGGAUGAUAAUGGUUUGACUACAUUGCACUACGCUGCUAAGAAUGGUAAUUUUAGAGUCACAAAGUUUCUGAUCAGUAAAGGAGCCGAUGUACAUAAGGGGGAUAACAACGGUUUGUCUGCAUUGCACUAUGCUGCUUGGAGUGACAAUGUUAAUGUCACCAAACAUCUUGUCAGUAAAGGAGCCGAAGUGAAUAAGGGAGAUAUUGAUGGUCGGACUGCAUUGCACAUUGCUGCUAAGAAUGGUCAUAUUAAUGUCACCAAGUUCCUGAUCAGUAAAGGAGCUGAUGUACAUAAGGAGGAUACUAACGGUGUGACUUCAUUGCACUCUGCUGCUAAGAAUGGUCAUCUUUAAUGUCACUAAGUUUCUGAUCAGUAAAGGAGCCGAUGUGCAUAAGGGGGAUAACAACGGUUUGUCUGCAUUGCACUAUGCUGCUUGGAGUGACAAUGUUGAUGUCACCAAACAUCUUGUCAGUAAAGGAGUCGAAGUGAAUGAGCGAGAUAUUGAUGGUUGGACUGCAUUGCACGUUGCUGCUAAGAAUGGUCAUCUCGACGUCACCAAACAUCUGAUUGAUCAAGGAGCGAAAAUCAAUGAGAUAAAUACAUAUGGAUAUUCUGCUUUGCACCAUGCUGUUACCACAGGCCACCUUCAUGUCGUAAAAUAUCUAAUCUCUCAAAGAGCUGAUGUAAAUCAAUGCCGAAAGGAUGGUUGUACAGCUUUGCACAUAUAUUCUCAAGAUGAGGCAUGUCUCGAUAUCACCAAGUAUCUUGUUAGUCAAGGAGCGGAAGUAAAUUUGAAAUGUACUGACGAUUUUACUGCGUUACAUAUUGCUGUCCAGCUUGGUACCAUUGAAGUUGUCAAGUUCCUACUCUCAAAAGGAGCACACAUCGAUACAAAAAACAUUCGUGGUCAGACACCUUUAAGCCAGGCCUUUGCCCUCAAACACAAAGACAUAACAGAUCUACUCAUUGGAGACUGGGAUU